UCCGUGUUGGCCAACCAGCAGUCGCAGGUGUCAGCGGCAGGGAUAGAGGAGCCGAUGGGUCGCCGGUACCGGAGCCCCGCUGUGCUUAUCAUAGGUUCCGGCAUUGCCGGUAUCGGAGCCGCCGCGAAGCUGCACCAGCAUGGUUUCCAUUCAGUUAGGAUCCUGGAGGCAACAGGGAGAACCGGAGGGCGCAUACGGACGCUGAGUUUCGCAAAGGGCCUGGUCGAGAUUGGUGCACAGUGGAUUCAUGGACCGUCUCCAGAGAACCCAGUUUUCCAGCUGUCAUCACAGUAUAAUCUUUUAGGUCCUGAUGCCCUGCUUGAGGAGAACCAGAAAAUGGAUGUGGGAGGCCACCCUCCUGCCAUCCCAGUUAUCUACAGCAGCUCUGGAAAGGAAAUCAGUCCUUCAUCAGUGAUGAAUGUUUUGAAUUUGUAUUUUGAGUGGCUGGAGAAAGCUCGGAAUUUUACAAAAGAUACCUGCAGUCCAGACGCAAGUGUGGGAAGUUUCUUUCGCCAGGAGAUUUUGCGCAGCUCAAAGGAAUGGAAUAAGGACAUAUAUGAGCUGAAUGUGGCACUUUUAAGGACAUUUCUUAAUAUUGAGUGCUGUGUCAGCGGAACCCAUACAAUGGACUAUGUAGCACUUUGCCCCUUUGGAGAGUAUACAAUGUUUCCAGGAGUGGAUUGCACCUUUCCUAAAGGCUACGAAAGUCUUGUGAAUCGGAUUAAAGCAAAUAUACCAAAUGACACUGUAAUACUGAACAAAGCUGUGGAGAGAAUUAACUGGGAUGGUUCCUUCCAGGGCAAUGACUCUCAUAUCUAUCCCGUGCAAGUACAGUGUGAGGAUGGAGACACAUUUCUGGCAGACCAUGUCAUUGUCACUCUCCCGUUAGGAUUCCUAAAAAAGCAUGCAGAUGAUUUCCUUAACCCCCCUUUGCCUCCAAGCAAGAUUCAGGCAAUAAAGAAAUUGGGAUUUGGAACCAUGAACAAGAUCUUGCUGGAAUUUGAAAAGCCCUUCUGGGAUACAAACUCCUCAUAUAUUCAGCUGGUGUGGGAAGGUGAAUCUGCUCUUACAGAUCCCCAGAAAGACUUAAAGAAGAACUGGAUGAAAAAACUGUCUGGAUUUGUGGUGCUGGAGCCACCAGGACAACUUGGCCAUGUUCUAUGUGGAUUCAUAGCUGGCGAGGAGGCUGAAUAUAUGGAGAGCUUAUCAGAUGAAGAGGUCCUGUCCUCAAUGACAUCUCUUCUGAGACAGUUCACAGGGAACCCUGAGCUCCCCCCACCCAUCAGUAUUCUGCGAAGCCAGUGGCACAGCCAGCCUUACACUGGUGGCUCCUACAGCUAUGUGGCCGUGGGCAGUUCUGGAAGUGAUAUUCAGAUUCUUGCAGAGCCUUUACCCAAAGAUAAAGAUGCUGUCAAGCCGCUACAGGUCCUUUUUGCUGGAGAAGCCACAGAAACAAACUUUUAUUCUACAACUCAUGGUGCCUUGAUGUCCGGACGGAGAGAAGCACAGCGUCUAAUUGACAAAUAUCCAGAGCUGGGAACUGCUGUCAGCAAGGCCAAGCUCUAACAUAUUUUCAGCAAUGCAUUGAAAUGUCUAAAUACUUUAAACAGUUUAACAGAAAAUGCAAU